CCUCCACGCUCUGGUGCGGAGGGGCACCAGCUGCGGGAGCGGCCGGGCGGCGGCGGCGCUGGGCUCGCGGGCGGCGGCCGUGGGAACGGGCGCCCUGGACCGACCUCUGCGCCGCCCAGCGCGACCGGAGGCGGAGGAGGAGCAGCGCGUCGCGGCCCCGGCGUCGAGUCACUCCAUGGAUUCCUUUGGUCAACCCAGACCAGAAGAUAACCAGUCAGUAGUCAGCAAAAUGCAAAAGAAGUACUGGAAAACCAGACAGGUCUUUAUCAGAGCAACAGGAAAAAAGGAGGAUGAGCACGUGGUGGCUUCUGAUGCUGAACUGGAUGCUAAACUUGAGGUCUUUCAUUCCAUUCAAGAGACAUGCACUGAACUUCUGAAGAUAAUUGAGAAAUAUCAGCUAAGACUCAAUGUUAUAUCGGAGGAAGAAAACGAACUAGGGCUCUUUUUAAAGUUCCAAGCAGAACGGGAUACAACGCAGGCUGGCAGAAUGAUGAAAGCCACUGGCAAGGCACUCUGUUCUUCAGCCAAGCAAAGAUUGGCCCUGUAUACUCCUCUGUCUCGUCUAAAGCAAGAAGUAGCAACAUUCAGUCAAAGGGCAGUCUCUGAUACCCAGAUGACAAUUAAUCGAAUGGAACAGGCACGCACAGAAUACAGAGGAGCUCUGCUGUGGAUGAAAGAUGUAUCCCAAGAACUGGACCCAGACACCUUAAAACAAAUGGAAAAGUUCAGAAAAGUACAGAUCCAAGUGAGAAAUAGCAAAGCUUCUUUUGACAAGUUAAAGAUGGAUGUUUGUCAGAAAGUGGAUUUACUUGGAGCUAGUCGCUGCAAUAUGUUGUCACAUUCACUUGCUACCUACCAGAGAACACUUCUUGGAUUCUGGGAGAAAACAGCUCGAAUGAUGUCCCACAUCCGUGGAGCCUACGUUGGCAUUCAUCCAUAUGAUUUUGUAGCUCUCAAGCAACUACAAGACACUCCAAGCAAGCUUACUGAAGACCACAAGGAAGAACAAAUUGAAGACAGUUCUCUUCCUGAGAACCUCAAUAAAUUGGUUUUGUCAGAUGAGGUAGUGAGCUUGGGAAAUGAAUCAGCAACUGAAGAUCACAAGGAAAAACAUUCUCAAAUAAGAGAAUUUGGAGCAGAUCAACUUUCUAACUCAGAAAAUGUUGCAAAAGAUUUACCGGUAGAUUCAUUGGAAGAUGAUUUUGAGAAGGAAUUCUCAUUUUUGAACAGCCUCCUAAGUCCUGGUUUUUUGAGUGCUAGUGAACUUCCCCAGGAAUGCCAGGCUGUCUUUGGGAGCCCCAAGGCCAGUCUCUCGUCCCAGGAGCCUCCCAGGGGAUCUGAGCCUCUUGUUCACUCCUCACGAUUCCUUCCUUCACAACUCUUUGACCUUGGUCUUCGUGCUUCUGGAGCUUUCAACAGCUGGGCCUCCCAAGGGGGAGAACUUCCUCUUUCACACAUUGAAAACCAGCCGGUGCCUUCAGGGAGUUCCAAGAAAUUAACAAAAUCUCCCAACAGUGGUACCCAGGACAUGUCAGCUUGGUUCAAUCUAUUUGCAGACUUGGAUCCACUUUCAAACCCAGAUGCUAUUGGACACUCAGAUGAUGAACUUCUUACUGCCUGACUGAAGUUAUGAUGUCACCUCAAUGGCCUUGAGACAUCAAUUUUGCAACUUAUUGCCUUUGUGGAAAGGAGUUUACAUUGUCACCCAUACACGAAAACAUUGCGUUUGCAAAUUUAACACUUGACAGCCAACUUUAGACAGAUGGUGAGGACUACACUUUAAUAUAUUAAGUAUCUCUUUAAUAUCUUGGAUUUGCAGCCGCUGAUAAUAUAUGGAAAACAUUAGAAACUAUUGGGUCUUAAAUAUUUACCAAAAUUUAUUUUAAAAUACAGGAAUAAUUCUGUCAGUAGGAG